UAGGAGACUGUGUGGCCUCUUCAGAGGCAGGACGUCACCUAAGCACGUCCUCCACGUCGUCUCCGUCUAGCUAUUUAUUAUUUAUUCAAUUUCGCCAAGAAGCAACCAGGGCACCAAGCUUGAAACUUUUUCCCCCACCCCCAUGAGAGAAGGGCUAGGCCCGUUCAACACAUAGUUUAAUUUUCAGGGACUUCUGAGAUCAAAAGAACAGAAACAGCAACAACAAAAGCCCAGCCGCGGCGGCCUGAUUUUAAACUGGCAAAGUUAGAAAAAUAAAGUUUGGGUAAACAGAGCAAGCUGGAUCAUGGGCAGUUUCAAAGGUCAUGCCCUUCCUGGAAGCUUCUUUUUAAUCUUGGGGUUUUGGUGGAGUGCAAAGUGUAUUCUGAAGUAUGUCUGCAAAAAGCAAAAGAGGACUUGCCAUCUUGGUUCCAAAACGCUGUUUUAUCGAAUAGAAAUUUUGGAGGGAAUUGUAAUAAUCAGCAUGGCCUUAACUGGAAUGUUGGGGGAACAAUUCAUUUCUGGAGGACCCUACUUGAUUUUAUAUAAAGAAGGCCAGUGGAACCAGCUUCUGGGCUGGCAUCAUUGCACCAUGUAUUUCUUCUUUGGGCUCCUGGGUGUGGCUAAUAUCUUGUGUGUCACCAUCAGUUCGCUUCCAGUCUCCUUGAGCAAGUUGAUGUUGUCAAAUGCAUUAUUUGUGGAGACUUUUAUCUUCCAAAAUCAUACCCAUGGCCGGGAAAUCCUCGACAUCUUUGUGCACCAGAUGCUGGCCUUGGUCUCCUUCUUGGCAGGCCUGCUUGCCUUCCUGGAGUUCCUCACGCGGAACAAUGUGCUUCUGGAGCUGCUGCGGAUAAGCUUCAUCCUGCUGCAGGGGAGCUGGUUUUGGCAGGUUGCUUUUGUCCUGUAUCCCCCAAGUGGAGGUCCUGCAUGGAACCUGAGUGAUCAUGAAAACAUUAUGUUUCUCACCAUAUGCUUUUGUUGGCAUUAUGCAUUGGCCUAUGUCAUUAUUGGAGUGAAUUAUGCUUUUGUCACCUGGUUGGUAAAAUCUAGACUUAGGAGACUCUGCUCCUCAGAAAUUGGACUCCUGAAAAAUCCUGAACGAGAACAUGAAUCAGAAGAAGAGAUGUGAUUUUCAUGGGCAGUCAAUCUAUUUAGAUAAACAUUUUCCUUUUUUGCACUGUCUCUGCUCAUUAUUUUCUUUCUUGAUCAUUUGAGAAAUAAGUGGCUGAA